GUGCGCGGCGGUCACCGCCCCCCCGCCCCCCGCCCACUUGACCAGUAAGGAGACACGUCGUCAUUGGCCCCGCCCGGUCCCGCACACGUGACCGCAUCGCCCCGCCCCUCAGCGCGGUACCUGCAGGUUCCGGGAAGAUGGCGAAGGUCUCGGAGCUCUACGAUGUCACUUGGGAAGAAAUGAGAGAUAAAAUGAGAAAAUGGAGGGAAGAAAACUCAAGAAAUAGUGAGCAAAUUGUGGAAGUUGGAGAAGAAUUAAUUAAUGAGUAUGCCUCUAAGCUUGGAGAUGAUAUUUGGAUCAUAUAUGAGCAGGUCAUGAUUGCAGCCCUAGACUAUGGUCGGGAUGACUUGGCAUUGUUUUGUCUUCAGGAGUUAAGAAGACAGUUCCCUGGCAGUCAUAGAGUCAAGCGAUUAACAGGCAUGAGAUUUGAAGCCAUGGAACGGUAUGAUGAUGCUAUACAGCUGUACGAUCGAAUUUUGCAAGAAGAUCCAACAAACACUGCUGCAAGAAAGCGUAAGAUUGCCAUUCGCAAAGCCCAGGGGAAAAGUGUGGAGGCCAUUCGGGAGCUGAAUGAGUAUCUGGAGCAAUUUGUUGGUGACCAGGAAGCCUGGCAUGAGCUUGCAGAACUUUAUAUCAGCGAACACGAGCACCUUUCUAAGCACUGCCACCGCCUGCCUGUCAGAGUCUGGUCAGGAAGCGGUGUGCUGUAUUGGGAUGCGCACCUGCUUAUGUUUGUUCAGUCCUCACAUCAUCUGAGUAGGCGCUCUGACUGCUGCCACUGCUGCGAUCGCAGAACUGAGACACAGUCUGCAAGUCAUAUUGCGUCUAAUCCAAAAGCAAGUGCAAAAAUGAAGAAGGACAACAUGAAGUAUGCAGGUUGGGCAGCUGAUCAGAUCAACAGGGCUUACCAGUUUGCAGGUCGAAGUAAGAAGGAAACCAGAUACUCUCUGAAGGCUGUUGGAGACAUGCUGGAGACAUUGCAGAUCACCCAGUCUUAAGGCUUCAGACUGCGACAUAGAUGUCACAACUGCACAGUUGGACUUUUGGCCUGUGACUUCUUUACUAAAGGCUCGAUGCUAUUUAUACUCCAGUUUCUGUGAAGAUAGCAGUUGUAAGGAAUGUGUUUAUAUAAACCAAAAACGCCUUUCACUGCUAAGCAAGAAGAUGGCGAAUCUGAGGAAGAACGAUGAAAGUUCUACGAUUGUACACUGGUCUCUUCAUAUCACGUGUCACACACAGCUGCUCUCAGCCGCAGUCCUGUGUAGAAAUGACCUUGUUAAAUAAACCACUGAUUUAUUAGACUUGGA